GAGAUAUUGCGAUCAAAGGAUGAUCAAAUUGGCUGCUGUCACUCUGACAAAAGGCUGAAAAACCGGAACAAGGAAAAAAAUGGCGAAAGUAAAUAUUUAUUGCAGAAACGGAAGCAGCUGUUAGUAGCUACAUGAAACUUUUUCGAUAAUUGAUAAGUAUGCAGCUGAAGUUAGACAACGUGCUUUUAAUUGAUUUCUUUUGCAUCUGCUCGGAAAAGAGUUAGGAUCAAAGAGAAAUCCCAAAAUGGCUGCGUCGUUGCCUGCAUUCUUUUUCCUCUUUUUCGGAGGCCUAACAGUUGUGAUUGCUACAGGAUGCGAUGUGGAGAUGGUCCCAAGAGCUCGAUGGGGAGCUCGAGAGCCCAAAGAGAUUAAUUACAUGCAGAUGCCGGUGCCUCACCUCUUUAUCCAUCACACGGCGAUGAGUGAGUGCAAUGACUUUGACUCCUGCAGCAGAAUGAUGAGGGCCAUUCAAAAUUUCCACAUGGACGACAGAGGAUGGGACGACAUUGGAUACAACUAUCUCAUCGGAGGAGACGGUCGCGUAUACGUUGGACGAGGCUGGAACCGAGUUGGAGCUCACACUUAUGGAUUCAACAAAAUCGGAAUCGCAUUUUCUCUGAUGGGUGAUUUCACUAAGAAAGCGCCUUCGGAUCUCAUGCUGAACGUCACGAAACAAAUGAUCAAAUGCGCAGAAGAUGGAAACUACGUAUCUUCUGAUUAUAAGUUACAUGGUCACAGAGAUGCUGGAUGCACUGCAUGUCCUGGCGAUGACUUAUACGCCAUCAUCAAAGAAUGGCCCCGUUUCGAAGGUGGUCCUAUUCCGGGAUACAGCUGUUGGCCAGGAGGAAAAUAUAUCAUAAGACGUUCAAGUUGCUUAAUAAAGAUAUUAUCUUUCUCAGAUACCAUUAUGAUUGAUCAAAUUACUCUCUUCCUUCUCUUGAUUGGAGGUCUUACUGCAGUUAUCGUUACAGGUUGUCCCCCACGGAAAUGUAACGAUGUGGUGAUGGUAUCGAGACAAAGAUGGGGAGCUCGGCCGCCCAAGGAAGUUAACUUUAUGCAAACCCCUGUGCCUCACCUCUUCAUCCACCACACUGCGAUGAGCGAAUGCUCCAACUUCACCUCGUGCAGUCAAAUGAUGAGAACGAUACAGAAUCUACAUAUGGACAACAACGGGUGGGACGACAUCGGUUACAACUUCCUCAUCGGUGGAGAUGGUCGGGUAUACGUGGGGCGAGGCUGGAAUAGGGUGGGAGCUCACACUUACGGAUUCAACCGCAAUGCAGUAGCGUUUUCUCUGAUGGGCGACUUCUCGAACAAAGUUCCAUCGGAUGUGAUGCUGAACACCACAAAGGAAAUGAUUAAAUGUGCUGAAAAUGGGAACUAUGUGAUGUCAGAUUAUAAACUACAUGGCCAUAGAGAUGCAGGAUGUACAGAAUGCCCAGGUAGUGCUUUUUAUGCUCUCAUUAAGACCUGGCCUCAUUUUGAAGGUGGCCCCUUACCAGGAUACACAUGUAGAGGAAGGUGACAUAAAAAAAAGACCUUCAGAAGGCAGUACAAGAUUUAUAGUGCAAAUUCAUAUACAUUGAAUAAAGCAAAAUGUAUAUUUUAAAACAAUUCAAAAUAUACUGUGUACAUAUUUAUAAAAAUAAAAUGGUUUAUGAAACAAA